AUGCCAAUGAGUGGCCAGGGCUCGGGUGGUGAGGGCCAUUCCGGGACGCAACUCGGAGCUAAUCAGGACGCCCAUCAGCCUCAAGAUGUGAAUCGGGAAACCGAGGGGCUAAAUGAACCGAUCUCCUUCAAGCGAAAACAAAAACAACGAUCACGGUUCAGUUUGUCCAGCCUUCUCUCCCCUCCCGCCGGCGGAUCGGAUACUGGCUUUGGCUCUCCGGCGCCGCAAGGUGGUCAGAAUGGCGAUGCGUCGCCCCUAGAUCCUUAUGCGCCUAUAGGAUUCAAUGGCGGUGCUGAAGGAUCAAAAGACGGUGCGCCACUAGACUGGUACGUGGAAGGCCCAGGACGACGUGUGGGUUACGACGACUUCACCGCCAUCGAUUGGAUCUAUGAGUAUACCAAGGAGCGGCAAAGAAAGCGGCUUCUUUACUCAAGUGGACAGGGUAUAUUGGGCCAUGCUCGUCGACUUCUUGAUGCAAGCAAUGUCUGGUUGGUGUUGAUUGCGACUGGCAUUGCUGUAGGAAUAAUCGCUGCUUCUAUCGAUAUUGCAACCAAUUGGCUGGGUGAUUUGAAGGCCGGAUAUUGCAAAAAUGGAAGUGGAGGUGGCAAAUUCUAUCUGAACAAGAGCUUUUGCUGCUGGGGUCUCGAUGAUCACUCCAAGUGUCUGGACUGGACACCUUGGGGGAAUGCAUUAAAAGCGAACUCUGGUGCAGGAACAUAUGCGGUUGGAUACAUCUUUUAUGUUGUGUUUUCGGUUUUCUUUGCUGCAUGCGCUUGCUUUCUGGUGCGAAAUUAUGCCGUUUAUGCUCGACACAGUGGUAUCCCCGAGAUCAAAACGAUCCUCGGUGGAACUGUCAUCCGACAUUUCAUGGGGCCCUGGACGCUGGCCAUUAAAUCAUUGGGCCUGUGUCUUUCUGUUGCAUCCGGUCUAUGGCUAGGCAAAGAAGGUCCACUUGUGCAUGUUGCAUGCUGCUGCGCGAAUAUUCUAAUGAAACCUUUUGAGAGCCUUAAAGGCAAUGAAGGUACGUCGCUCAUUCUCGCCUCUCUCCAUCCGCUCACUCAUUUCACAGCACGCAAACGAGAGGUCCUUUCUGCGGCCGCCGCAGCAGGUAUCUCAGUCGCAUUCGGGGCACCCAUCGGAGGUGUUCUUUUUAGUUUGGAGCAACUUUCAUAUUAUUUCCCAGACAAAACAAUGUGGCAAAGCUUUGUCUGUGCCAUGGUAGCAGCUGUUACCCUGCAAGCCUUGAACCCAUUCCGGACAGGUAAAAUUGUGUUGUAUCAAGUAACCUACACCCGAGGCUGGCAUCGCUUCGAAAUUAUCCCAUUCAUUAUUCUUGGCAUCAUUGGCGGUCUCUACGGCGCAUUCCUGAUCCGCUUGAAUACGAGAAUCACCAAGUGGAGGCGAGCUCGAACUUCCUCCCGGCCAAUCAUCGAAGUGGUUGUCGUGGCUCUCAUUACAGCUCUAGUCAACUAUCCAAAUCACUUCAUGCGGGCUCAAAACUCGGAGCUUGUUCAGUCGCUAUUCGCAGAGUGCAACAGUGUGACAUAUGAUCGAUUUGGUCUCUGCGCAACAGGAUCUGCCUCGAUUGGCGUGGCUAUUUAUCUGGUCAUAGCUGCCUUACUGGCCUUUUUCUUGGCUUCCAUGACAUUUGGACUUGAGAUUCCUGCGGGUAUUAUUCUUCCUUCGGUCGCUAUCGGUGCUCUCUACGGGCGUUCUCUGGGCAUCAUAGUCCGCUUGUGGCAAGAAUCCUAUCCGAAUGCAUUCAUGUUUAGCAAAUGCGAGCCAGACAUUCCAUGCGUCACACCUGGCUUGUACGCAAUUAUCGGGGCUGCUGCUGCUCUUGGUGGUGCUACUCGCAUGACUUUGUCGAUUGUCGUUAUCAUGUUUGAAUUGACCGGCGCGUUAACUUAUGUGAUCCCGAUCAUGAUUGCCGUGAUGUUAUCCAAGUGGUGUGGUGACAUCUUUGGAAAGCGAGGUAUCUACGAGUCAUGGAUUCGACUAAACGAGUAUCCCUUCCUCGACCAUCGCGAUGACACCACUCCGCCAGACGUAUCUGCUCACCGGGUCAUGACAACCGUGGACGAUAUCAGCGUCAUUACUGCCACUGGUCAUACUAUUGCCUCGAUCCGCAGUCUGCUAGCUAACACUACAUAUCGCGGGUUCCCCAUAGUCUCAGACACCUCGAGUCCUACUCUGCUAGGUUACAUAACACGCAAUGAGCUUUCUUUUGCUCUGAAAUACUCAACCUCUUCUACCACCCGCAACCUCUCCGACGAGACACAAGUCUUCUUUUCGCAUCAACCUUUUGCGGACCCUAUUGAUACCCUUGAUCUACGACCUUGGAUGGACCAGACACCGAUGACCUUGAACAGUAACAUCACUUUCUUGAUUGUUUUGCGAAUGUUCCAACGUCUUGGCUUGCGUUAUGUGCUAUUUGCCAAUAAGGGCAUUCUACAAGGACUACUGACCAAGAAAGAUGUCUGGUCGGUGCUGAAUGGCGUGGAGUUUCGCCGUGAAGAAGCCCUUCGAGACGAAGAAUUCCGGAAUUUCGAAAAUCAUACUGAGGCUGAAGAGGUUGGUUUGCUUGAUGGGAAUGAUACGUCCAGUCUUGGUAGUUCCUUGAGGCGGGAUUCUCUUUGA